GGAGCCUCACUGGUGGACGUCCGCUUGGUGAGCGCCAAGACGGGCUUUGGCCUGGAGGGGCUGGUCAGCCGGCUGCAGCACUCCUGGAAGUGUGCUGGUGACGUCUACCUGCUGGGUGCCACCAACUCCGGCAAGUCGACUCUCUUCAACACCCUGCUGUGCUCCGACUACUGCAAGUCCCGUGCCCUUGAUGCCGUCGACAGGGCCACUGUCUCCCCCUGGCCAGGAACAACACUGAACCUGUUGAAGUUUCCAAUUAUUAAUCCUACGUGUGACAGGAUAUUCCGAAGGCAGGAGAGGCUGAAAGAGGAGGCAACAAAAACAGAAGAUCAGCUAAGUGAUGAAGAAAGAAAGCACCUAAAUCACCUUAAAAAGCAAGGUUACUUAGUGGGAAGAGUUGGAAGAACCUUUCAACGGCAGAAGGCCAGCCCUGUGAUUGACUUUGACCCUGACAUACUCUCCUACAGCAUAGAUGAAGAUCCCAGAUCCCAGAUCCCUAAGAAGCCUAAGGAAAGGGAGGAGUUCACCUACAAUGAAGUGAAGGAUGCUCGCUGGUGUUUUGACACUCCAGGGAUUGUAAAGGAAAACUGUGUUUUAAAUCUCCUGACAGAGAAAGAAGUAAAGCUGGUUUUGCCAACACAUGCCAUCAUUCCACGGACCUUCAUUCUCAAGCCAGGAAUGGUCUUGUUUUUAGCAGCUUUGGGACGAAUAGAAUACUUAGAGGGAGAAAAGCCUGCCUGGUUUUCUGUCGUGGCUUCUAACCUGUUGCCAGUCCAUGUGUCUCACCUGAGUAACGUAGAUGCCAUCUACGAGAAGCAUGCUAGCCGAGAGUUACUGAAGGUUCCCAUGGGUGGGGAAGAACGAAUGAAAGAGUUCCCCCCGCUCAUCUCUCAGGACAUUACACUGAAAGGAAUUGGUACCAAGGAGGCAGUCGCAGACAUCAAGCUUUCCUCUGCAGGCUGGGUGGCAGUGACGGCUCAUGCAGAAGAGAAAUUGCUGCUCCGAGCCUAUACUCCUGAGGGCACUGCGCUGGUGGUGCGGGAGCCUCCCCUUUUGCCUUACAUCAGUACCAUCAGAGGGGCCCGGAUUCCAGGCACUGCUGCCUAUAGGACCAAAAAGCCUCCCUCUCUGGUGGAAAACCUCAAAAACACGGGGAGGAGGUAG